AUGCGCGCCUUCCUCCCCCAACCAAGGCUAUUUGGAUUAUUACAUGCCCGAAAGUUUGCGACGGCUGUGAACACGGCCCCAAAGCUCCGCAGUCUCACACCGUCAGCCUCGGAACGCGCGGCGGGUAGGUUUGGACCAGCCAACUUGCUACUCGCACUCGAAGCUUUGCAUCAGGAUGGCAUUGUCGAGAUUACAGAUGUUGUCAAUGAGAAUCACCUUGAUGCUUUGAAUGAGAGGAUGAUCCCGGAUGCGUAUACACUUCGGGAUAUGAGGGAGAGCCCAUAUAACUACAACCGAGGAAAUAUUCAACAAGAUCCACCGCCUGAGCCUUCACUAUUCUUCCGGGACAUAUUUCUCAACCCGUUUGCACUCCAAGUUAGCAACGCAGUCCUAGGAAAUCGCCCCAAAAUGACGUUUUGUAGUGGGAAUACAGCAUUAAAGUCGACAGAUCGGCAACCAGUUCAUACUGAUGCAGAUUUUGCUCAGCCAAGCCCCUUACUUGCUGACCCAGAUUUUGUUGCUGGGGAUACUGUACACAAUAUUGUGGAAUGUGCCGGGGGUUUGGGCCAUCCAGACCGAGGUACAAUGGAAUGUGCCGGGGGUUUGGGCCAUCCAGACCGAGGUACAAGGUCUGGGUGGCCCGAACCCCGGCACGGACAAGCUUGGGGGUCCAGGGGUCUCCCCUGGUCAAGCCCUAGCCGAGGGACGAGGCUGGGGCGAGAAGGUCCCGAGCAUAGGCGAGGUGUGCGCUGGCCGCCACAGGCGGCGUCUGCGUGUCAACUCAAACCAUGUACCGUCCGCCAUUUCCAUAGGGUCCAGGACCUCCUGGCCGUCGGAGACGCCCGCCCCGGCAAGGGGCAUAUAUUUGCCGAGUAUAUCUACUCACGAAACUAA